ACUAGCAUCCCUCCACCGUCGUCACUCUUUCGCCUUCUCCCAUUGGUCACUUUCACUGCACCUGCUCGACCGCUCCCGCCAAUCACGCGUUCCGUUCCGUGUGCUCCAAGAUGGCGACUUCCAGUACUCGCAUCGGAGACCGUCGCAUUUGAAAGCCGAAUAAAACGAUCUCUCCCGGGCGGUUAAAGUCGAGAGAAGGCAGACCAGGAGGAGCCGAGAGGGGCCGGGAUACCGUCAGUCAAACCCCAUGGUCUGCUGGAGCCGGGGGCCGGUGUCCGUGUGACGGGGGGGUCGUGUUAUCCGAGUAUGGCCACCGAUAACAGGAUCAAUUUUUGGAGGAGAAAUGCAAAGGUUCCCGGAAGCGUACAACCCGUUUACGGAGCACAGCAUCCGCCUCUCGACCCGCGCUUACGACGCACGUAUCCCAAAGAAACAAAGCCCAAGUUCAACAACCUCAAGACUAAAAAGGCAUCCAGCUUCCACGAGUUCGCCCGCAGCACCAACGACGCCUGGGACAUCGACGAUGAGGAGGACGAGGAUUUCCUCGCCCCGGCUUCCUGUCUGCCUUCAGGGCUGCACUCUUCAUCGUCACAGCAGCAGCAGAAUGAGGUCGCUCACUCAGAGACUGAGGUGUCACACAGACUGGCCCCCCCCAGGACAGACGCUCAGACCCUGCAGGAGGACGAGGACGAGGAGGAGGAAGAAGAGUUUGAUCACGUCAACAGCAAGGUGGUCAAAUCGAGCAGUGACGUCCACCUGAGCACGUCCUCAGUUCGCUCCACGCUGCAGAAGCAGCAGUCUCUCCCGGUCCGUCCCAUCAUCCCUCUGGUCGCUCGGAUCUCCGACCAGAACGCGUCAGGAGCUCCGCCCAUGACGGUGCGCGAGAAGAGCCGGCUGGACAAAUUCAAGCAGCUGCUGUCGAGUCCCAACACUGACCUGGAGGAGCUCAGGAAGCACAGCUGGUCAGGAAUACCAAGAGAAGUCCGUCCAAUCACAUGGAGGCUCCUCUCUGGUUACCUGCCGGCCAACAAAGAGCGCAGAGAGCACGUGCUGCAGAGAAAGAGAGAGGAGUACUUUGGCUUCAUCGAGCAGUAUUAUCACUCCAGAACAGACGAGCACUUUAAAGACACGUACAGACAGAUCCACAUCGAUAUUCCAAGAACCAACCCUCUGAUCCCGCUGUUCCAGCAGCCGGCCGUGCAGGAGGUGUUUGAGCGAAUCCUCUUCAUCUGGGCGAUCCGUCACCCGGCCAGCGGAUACGUUCAGGGCAUCAAUGACCUGGUCACGCCUUUCUUUGUCGUCUUCCUAUCGGAGUUUGUCACCGAGGACGUGGAGAACUUUGAGAUGGCCGCUCUGCCUCAAGACACGCAGAGAAACAUCGAGGCCGACACCUUCUGGUGCAUGAGCAAACUGCUGGACGGAAUACAGGAUAACUACACGUUCGCUCAGCCGGGAAUCCAGAACAAAGUGAAAGCUUUGGAGGAGCUGGUCAGCAGGAUCGACGAGGACAUUCAUAAUCACUUCAAGAGGUACGAGGUGGAGUAUCUUCAGUUUGCUUUCCGCUGGAUGAACAACCUGCUGAUGAGGGAGCUUCCUCUCAGGUGUACCAUCCGCCUGUGGGACACCUACCAGGCUGAAGCUGAAGGUUUCUCUCACUUCCACCUCUACGUCUGCGCAGCUUUCCUCAUCGAGUGGCGGAAAGAAAUCCUGUCCAUGAUCGACUUUCAGGGUCUUCUUAUGCUCCUGCAGAACCUACCCACAAUCCACUGGGGUAACGAGGAGGUGGGUCUGCUGCUGGCUGAAGCAUACAGACUGAAGUACAUGUUUGCCGACGCUCCGAGCCACUACAAGAGAUAAAAGCUGGACGCCACAAACACACGUUAUCAUUUCAAACGGAGGGCAGACCCGAUGGAGGCUCACCGCAGCUCCUCUGUUCAGUGAACGCCACGCUGAUGGUGCGUUCAUGGUGCACACGCUGAGAGACUAUGAGACUUAACAGACUGUUACACUUCUUCUGAUGAGUGUUCAGAAGAAGAUGCUGAAUGUUUGACAUCAUCUGUUUAUUUUCCACUCUGUAUUUUAUUUUGAAAGGGUUGAUGAGGGAACAUUUGAAGGUCUAACGGGUUCUUUAGUGUCACACUGUAAAGCUGUUUUCUGUUUUAUAUUUUUUUUAUUUAUCAUGAUGUGCUCCGUACAAUCAGCGAACACGCCUCCUUCAGUCUGAUCCUCUAAACGCCAUGACGCUGUGUUCAAACACUGAGACUUAAAGUAUCUGGUGUGUACGUCUGAUUGUUUCAGGCAUUCACGUCAGGCUAUGGCGUUGUCCGGCCCGAUGUUCAGGCUUGUCUCUUUUGGCGUCCUCACAACGUUCAAUCAGUCUUUUUUUGUAAAACUCCAAGUCAUUACAAAUUCCUCUUCAAACAUUAAGAACACAAAGAAACAUGCAGCAGAGGGCAGAGGUCAGAUUUGAACCCACAGCCGCUGUGAUCAGGACUAUAGCGUCCGUACAUGGGCUGCACAACAUAACCACUAGGCCACCCCACAAAGAAUUAGUGAUGACCUCAGCGUCCUGGCGCUUUUUGAAUGAGGGUUGAACGGGGGCAGUCAGUGUUUCCUCACAGGAAGUGAUCUGAUUGGAUCUCUGGAGACCUGCUGGUUCAUGUAGCUUCUCACUUCGUCUCUCAGAUGAUUUUUAAUCUGAUGGUAGAACUCACUAAAGUGAAUCUGAACUUUUAGAAAAAGUGAAAUUAGAAAAGAUGUUUUAAACGCUCCUCUCAGCCUCCAUGAGUGUUUGAAGAACAAACAUGGAGUGUUGUCGUCAUGGCGAUCUGUGAAGGACGUGACACCGCGGGUGUUUUGUAAAGUAUGACAAUCGUCAGCUUCGGCACGCUGAUUUCUCAGACAUGACUUUUUAUUUCUAGGAUUUUAAAUCAGGACUCAAAGCGAGCUACAUUCCUGCUUUCAGCGUCGUAGAAUCAAACAAAGUGGAUCCAGAAACAAGUCAGAAAUCAAACCCUGUUUCUGUUUCUGCUGUUUGUCUGCAGCUUGUUGAAUGUUUCUGUGUUUCCCUUUUCUCGCCUUUAUAGCCUUAAACUGGGUUUCUUCAUUCAGGUGAGCCAGCUGAUUGUGUCUCCAACCUUCAGGUGUGUGUGUUGAUGUGUUCAUGCUGUUCUAACAAUAAUACGCCAAACCUGUUUUAGAGUGUCGCUAGCCCAAUGAAGAGUUUGAAAUGAUUACAGUUCCUGCUGUAUAUGAACGUUUUGUUUAUAUUAAACGAUUGAUCCUCUUCA